CACUUCAAUAUGAAACUGAGGGAUCGAGGGAGUAACUUGAUUAAUCCGUACGUCUAUCAACUCAGCCCGAAACGCUGGAUCGAACCCCUCUACAAGUCCACAUUCAUCUUGACCAUCCAUCUCCGAUCGGACGGUCGAUCAUCCAUGUUACACUGAAGUUUGAACCUGACGAGACCACCCAUCGUCUCCCUCCCUCACCGCCGCGCGUGUCGAUGCCUCCUCCGCGCCGCCGCCCGCCCUCCGCCGCCGACGCCGCCGCCCUCCGCCGCCCCUACCUCCGCCUCGUCGCGCUCUCCUCCACGCUCCGCCACCUCGACCAGAUCCUCGCCGUCUCCCUCGCCUCCGGCCACUACCCGCUCGACCCCGCCCCGGCCACCUCCCUCCUCCUCCGCUACGCCUCGCUCCGCGCCCCCACCGGCCACCUCCUCCGCCUCUUCCGCGGCUUCCCCCGCCCCGACCGGUUCCUCCGCAACGCGCUCCUCCGCUCCCUCCCGUCGCUCCGCCCCCGCCUCCUCUUCCCCUGCCCCGACUCCUUCUCCUUCGCGUUCGCCGCCACCUCGCUCGCCGCCUUGUGCUCCCGUGGAGGCGGCGCCGCGUCGUCUUCCGCGGCGCGCGCGCUGCACGCGCUCGCUGUGGCUGCGGGCUACGCGGCGGACACGUUCGUGGCGUCCGCAUUGGCCAAGCUGUACUUCGUGCUGUCCAGGGUCGACCAUGCACGCAAGGUGUUCGACACGGUGCCUUCGCCGGAUACCGUCCUGUGGAACACGCUGCUGGCUGGGCUUUCCGGUUCGGAGGCCGUGGAGUCAUUCGCGCGGAUGGUGUGUGAUGGGUCGGUGCGGCCUGACGCGACCACGCUGGCUUCCGUCCUGCCAGCCGCGGCGGAGGUGGCAGAUGUAACAAUGGGAAGGUGCGUGCAUUCGUUCGCAGAGAAAUGCGGGUUGGCAGAGCAUGAGCAUGUUCUUACCGGGCUCAUCUCGCUGUACUCCAAGUGCGGGGAUGUGGAAUCAGCACGGUGUCUCUUUGACAUGAUGGAGAAGCCAGAUUUAGUUGCCUACAAUGCUUUAAUCUCUGGUUAUUCUGUGAAUGGCAUGGUUGGUUCAUCAGUUAAUCUCUUUACUGAGUUGAUGACCCUGGGGUUGUGGCCAAACUCGAGCACACUGGUGGCACUGAUUCCAGUGCACAGUCCAUUUGGGCAUGAUCUGCUUGCUCAAUGUUUACAUGGAUUUGUCCUCAAGUCUGGGUUUACUGCCAAUUCUCCAGUGUCAACAGCAAUUACAACUUUGCACUGUAGGUUAAAUGAUAUGGAGUCUGCAAGAAAGGCCUUUGAUACGAUGCCAGAGAAGACCAUGGAAUCAUGGAAUGCAAUGAUAUCAGGGUAUGCUCAGAAUGGCUUGACAGAGAUGGCAGUGGCACUCUUUGAGCAAAUGGUGAAGCUUAAUGUGCGACCGAAUCCAAUCACAAUCUCAAGCACUCUUUCCGCAUGUGCACAGCUUGGAGCUUUGUCCCUGGGGAAGUGGCUGCACAGGAUUAUCACUGAGGAGGACUUGGAGCCCAAUGUCUAUGUCAUGACAGCGCUCAUCGACAUGUAUGCAAAAUGUGGAAGCAUUUCUGAAGCUCGGAGAAUCUUCAACACUAUGGAUAACAAGAAUGUGGUCUCGUGGAAUGCAAUGAUAGCUGGAUAUGGCCUUCAUGGCCAAGGUGCUGAAGCUUUGAAGCUCUACAAGGACAUGCUGGAUGCACAUCUUCUUCCAACAAGUGCUACCUUCCUGUCAGUACUCUAUGCAUGCAGCCAUGGAGGGUUGGUUGAGGAAGGGUGGAAAGUUUUCCGGUCAAUGACCGAUGAUUAUGCGAUCAAUCCAGGUAUUGAGCACUGCACAUGCAUGGUGGACCUCCUUGGCAGAGCUGGCCAGCUCAAGGAGGCUUUUGAGCUCAUCUCUGAAUUCCCCAAGAGCGCUGUCGGACCUGGCGUAUGGGGGGCAUUGCUUGGCGCUUGCAUGGUUCAUAAGGAUAGUGAUCUUGCAAAAUUGGCCUCCCAGAAGUUAUUCGAACUUGAUCCAGAAAACAGCGGCUACUAUGUUCUGCUCUCUAAUCUGCACACAUCCAAGAAGCAAUACUCUGAAGCAGCUGUGGUAAGGCAGGAGGCAAAGAGCAGGAAGCUGGUAAAAACACCAGGGUAUACUCUAAUCGAGAUAGGCAAUAAGCCACAUGUUUUCAUGGCCGGUGACCGUGCCCACCCACAGUCUGAGGCCAUCUAUUCGUAUUUGGAGAAGCUAACUGCAAAGAUGAUUGAGGCUGGAUACCGACCAGAGACAGAGGCAGCAUUGUAUGAUGUCGAGGAGGAAGAGAAGGAGCACAUGGUGAAAGUGCAUAGCGAAAAGUUGGCAAUUGCCUUUGGAUUACUCAGUACUGAACCGGGGACGGAAAUCAGGAUCAUAAAGAAUCUUAGGGUGUGCCUAGACUGCCACAACGCCACCAAGUUCAUAUCCAAGGUGACACAGAGGCUGAUUGUGGUUAGGGAUGCUUCACGGUUUCAUCAUUUCAGAGAUGGGGUUUGCUCCUGUGGAGAUUACUGGUGAUUCAAUUCAGCUGAAUGAAGUGCCUCUGGUCCCGAGCAUAUGAUUGACUUAUUCUGGUGAUGAAAGAAACGAUCGUCUCUUACUCUUUGGAAGAGUAUCUGAGCCACUGGGAUCAAGAAUUGCAACCAUAGAAAGCCAAUUUUCAUUGGACCAGGAGAAUUUCAGAACUGACCGAUAAACUAACAUAGCAGGUUACAGAUUCAAUUUCGUAGUGUUGGAACAAGCACAUUUGUAAUGCAUCACAAAGUGAAUCUUUUGCCAAUUGGCCAUUGGCGUUGGAUUUAAAUGGCAUAACUUGACUUAGGAAGAGGAAAACAGUAUGUCAGUCUAUGCCUCUAUAAGUGUUUCUCUCGCCAGUAGAAUGAUGAGAGAAGUCAUCUCACGAACUACGAGGGAAACACAAGCUUUGUAACAGUCUGCAAGUGCCCAAUAGGAUGGUGAAAGAAGUCACAAAAAAAUUACUCCAGGUCAAAUGCGAUCUAUAUCAGUUGCUUGCUUUUCCUUUAACAAAUCUACACCUAUACAUUUUAUGCCUAACAUGCUGAAAGGACUGCAGUAUCUCAGCAUCGAUUGUGCUCCGUUUGCUUUUGGGGUUUCGUUGUCUUGAUCAUUUGAAAAUUCUUCAGCAGAUGGGCGAUAAGUGCAUCUCCAGUUCUCUAUAUGCAUGUUCACUUGUGUCAACUAUCGGCUUCUAUGCCCAUUCCAACUGCUUCAAGGUUCACAUGCAUCCUGAUGAAUAGAAGAUGGGCAGGUUGCUUCAAUGCUUUGAACUUUGAAGCUUUGUAUCAAUCUUGAGACAAAUUUGAUGGUUGUGAUAGUGCAUGUACAUAAUCAAACUUGUACAUGUGGGAAAACAGUUCUUGCAGAUGGGUGUCAUCUUUCCAACUAGAAGCCUUCCUGUUGCAAUUGGACACAGUUAUAUUAGCGUCUUUCAAGCAAUAUUACUAUAUUUGUGAAAUAUAGUCAAUUUAUAUUAUUGUGCAGUAGUAGCAGGAGCCAAAUAUUUAUCUUUGAACUGUAAGUAUGAAGAAAUGAUUGUUUAAGUAGCUUGGUUGAUCAAAAGAUUAAGAGUAAUGUAUGAGAAAUGUCGAUGACUGUUAGGCUUCCUGAGAGAGGAGAUAACUUCCAAACUAAAUGAGAAGCAAGACUACUUGUUCC